AUGUUACGUCUGAAAGUCUUCGUGUUGUCAUUGAGCUGUGUGCUUGGCUGGCAUGAUUUGGAUAACACUGAGUUUGAUUGCUGGCCACUGGAUGAUCCAGAUGAGCUCAACAUGAUAGACUGUGGAGGUCUGGAGAUGGCCUGGGUGCUGCGUCCUCCCCAGCGCGUGGUCACAGGAGAGGAGUUUGAUGUGGUCUACUCGGUCACGGUGAGGGACCACUUCUACCAGUGGGCAGUGGACCACCACAUCUUCUCUCACAGCUCCAUCAGUAAUGCAGCUGAUGCCAGGCGGUUCUGUGAACAGCAUGAGUGUCCGGACUGGAAAGAUGCCAAUGGGAACAACUGCUGCAUCCACCACGCCAACAUCCACUCCUGCCCAAUGGGGUUCCUGGUGAGGGAGAGAAUCUGUGGUCCCUGGAUCCCAGAUGAUGGCAGAAUAUUCACUCACACCAUCUCCACUGCCGGCAAGAUGACCCAGACCAAUUGGACAGCCAAGGUUGUGUUGACCCAUGUUGGAGUCACCUCUCUCAUCGCUCAUAUCCGUGUGGGGAACAUGCAGGUGGCUCUGGAGUCCACAAGCAUAGCUGUCUCACCCACUGUGUGUGGAGACGGUGUGUGUGACGAGGAUGAGCUAUGCUCCACAUGUCCAGCUGACUGCUCCGACUGUCCCAUGAGCCCCUCUGUCAAGACGGCCAUCGGGCUGCCAUUAACCAUCGUCAUCAUCAGCUUCAUACUCACUGCAGUGUGGUUUCAUUAUCAGAAACAGCGACUGCUGUGGGAUGAGAGCUGGAUCAUUGAUUACAACCAAAUCAAACAAGACUACAUUGCCCGGGCGACCACUGGCAGUGUGAUGAGCGUCCCAUUGGCCAAUAGCGACUCGAAUGCCAGCUGUGUGACAGCCGUCAGCUCCUGCACAGCCAAUCAGAAUGCUCGAAAAUCUCCGUACACACACACUGGGAUCUAUGAUGGGAGGACCGUGGCCAUCAGGAAGAUCAGGACCAAGAGUUUCUCCCUCUCCAAAGCCGUACGCCAGGAAGUCAAACAAGUCAGAGAGCUGGACCACCCCAACCUGUGUAAGUUCUACGGUGGUUGUGUGGAGGCUCCCAACGUUUUCAUCGUGACAGAGUACUGCCCCAAAGGAAGCCUGAAUGACGUGCUCCUCAACGAAGACAUUCCUCUCAACUGGGGCUUCAGGUUCUCCUUUGCCACAGACAUCGCCAGGGGUAUGUCUUACCUGCACCAGCAGCGCAUCUGCCACGGACGACUCAAAUCCAGGAACUGUGUCAUCGAUGACCGCUGGGUCUGCAAGAUAGCAGACUAUGGUCUGUGGUCGUAUCGGCGUGAGGACGCUGGUGAGCCCUUGACUAUGUAUCAGCAGCGCCUCAAUGAGGUCUACACGGCACCGGAGAACAUCAACACACAGCCACACACACACACCGAGCCCUCAUUCCCCGGUGAUGUCUUCAGUUACUCCAUCAUCCUGCUAGAGAUCGCCACCAGGAGUGAUCCUGUGCCUGUGGAUGAGAGCCCCCAGGAGAGUGCUUGGUGUCCCCCAUUGCCUGAGCUCAUCUCUGGGAAGACCGACAGCACCUGCCCCUGCCCUGUGGACUACGUAGAGCUCAUCCGCCGGUGCCGAGCGCAUAACCCAGCCCAGCGGCCCACCUUCGAGCAGAUCCGGAAGUUCGUACACCGCAUCAACCCCAACAAAGUCAGCCCUGUGGAUAUGAUGAUGAACCUGAUGGAGAAGUACAGCAAGCACUUAGAAGUCCUGGUGGCGGAGAGAACUCAAGACCUGAUGCAUGAGAAACAGAAGACGGACCGGCUUCUCUACAGUAUGCUGCCGAGGCAGGUGGCUGAUGACCUGCGCCAGGGCAAACCGGCCGCCGCCCAGAGCUACGUCAGCGCCACAAUCUUCUUCAGUGAUAUCGUGGGCUUCACCCAUCUCUCCAGCAGCAGUACGCCAUAUCAGGUGGUGGACUUCCUCAAUAAGCUGUACACCACAUUCGAUGACAUCAUCGACAACUAUGACGUCUACAAGGUGGAGACCAUCGGAGACGCAUACAUGGUGGUGUCGGGUGUUCCAAAUGAGAACGGCAUCCAGCAUGCGGCUGAGAUUGCCAGCAUGGCUCUAGACCUGGUGUCUGUCUGCAGGAGCUUCAGGAUCCCACACAAGCCCAAUAGCAAGCUGGAGAUACGCGCGGGCAUACAUUCAGGUCCAGUGGUGGCUGGGGUGGUGGGGACCAAGAUGCCGCGGUACUGUCUCUUUGGGGACACGGUGAACACAUCCUCACGCAUGGAGUCCACCAGCGAAGCUAUGAAGAUCCAGGUGAGCUCCACAGCAUACUACCUGCUGGAGGAGAUAGGGGGAUACCUGCUGCACUGUAGAGGGGUCCUACAGGUCAAGGGCAAAGGGGACAUGGUGACCUACUGGCUGGACGGCAAGCUGCCUCUGGCCCUAGGCAAGGAGAGGAGCAGGCCCCCCUCGGAGCAGGGCUUCGUAUCGAGGAAUAACAACCAGAACAACAACAGCAGCAGUAGCUGCUGCAGUCUUACCAGCAGGCAUAACAGCAGUGGCAGUGUUGGCAGCAGCGCCAUAUUUUGUUAAACUGGG